UGUUGGCUGGGUUUAAUGUUCAGAGAUGCAAGUGUCGUAAACUACGGUGCUAAGAGAUGGAAAGUCGCGCGGAAGGUGUGUUUAUCACUGUUGUAUGUUAGAGAUGCGAGGAAUUCUACCCUGCAUUGGCGUGUUCUUCAGCUUUCGUUUAGCAUGAAAGAUAUUGUGGUGGAUGUCACAUUUUUACGAGCUGCCAGAGCUGGAAACCUUGAGAAAGUUCGCAACUUUUUGAAUGAGGAAGGAGACAUACAUACGUGCAAUGCUAAUGGCCUCAAUGCUCUGCAUUUGUCGUCAAAGGAGGGUCAUGUUGAAGUUGUCCAUGAGCUGUUAAGGCGAGGAGCCGGAGUGAACUUCACUACUAAGAAAGGCAACACAGCAUUGCACAUUGCUUCGCUUGCAGGACAAAAACAAGCUGUAGAAGUCUUAUUGGAAUCAGGGGCUUCCGUGAACUCCAAAGCUCAGAAUGGCUUCACACCACUGUACAUGGCAGCACAAGAAGGCCAUGUUGAUGUUGUCAGAACUCUCCUGAUUAAAGGAGCAAACCAGCAGUGUACUACUGAGGAUGGUUUUACUGCAAUUGAUGUGGCUGUUCAACAAGGGCAUGAUAAAGUUGUUGGUGCCCUUCUUCAUCAUGACUCCAGAAAAGGCUAUCGUUCUCUCCAUACUGCUGCAAGGAAGGACUUUGCCAAGGCUGCCAAACUUUUGCUCCAGAAAGAUCACAAACCCGAUAUUGAAGCUCCAAAUGGAUUUACACCUCUACAUAUUGCUGCCAAGUAUGGAAAUCAAAAUGUUGCAGGAGUCUUGGUUCAACAUGGUGCCACUAUUGACUACAAAACAAAGAAUUAUGUUAUUGCUCCUCUUCACGUGGCUUCAAAAUAUGGAAACCUUAAUAUUGUUACACUGCUAGUCGAAAAAGGUUCCAAAGUUGACAUUCCUAACAAGGAUGGCCUCACACCUCUUCAUUGCGCUGCAAGGGAUGGGCAUGACAAAGUAGUGGAAUACCUUGUGAACAAAAAGGCAUCGAUAACAGCUAGAACUAAGCAUGGACUCACUCCUCUACACAUGUCUUCCCAAGGAAAUCAUGUCAGCACAUCUGCACUACUGAUUGAUAGCAAGGCACCUGUCAAUGCUGUUGCCACAAAUGGCCUGACACCUCUUCACAUCGCAGCACAUUAUGGUCAUGUAGACAUCGCAGAAUUGUUGUUGAAUCGUGGAGCUGACACUGAUGCAAGAGCUCGGAAUGGAUUUACUCCACUUCAUGUGGCCUGCAAGAAAAACCGUGAGCAGGUUAUUCAGCUGCUGUUGAAGUAUGGUGCAAAUGUCCACUCUGCCAAUGAGGGUGGCCAAACUCCCAUGCAUGUGGCGACAUAUUAUGGGAAUGUGACCUUAGUUCUUAUUCUUCUGCAACAUGGCGGCUCACCUGAUAUUACAAAUGUGAGAGGUGAAACUGCCCUUCAUAUUGCCUGCCGGAAACGACAGAUAACAAUUGUGAGGCUUCUGUUAAGGAAUGGUGCUUCAGUUGAUGCCAAGACCCAGGACCGUGAAACUCCUUUGCACAUUGCUGUUAGAACAAAGAAUGUUGAGAUGGUUAAUCUUUUACUGGACCAUGGAGCUUCUCCAGAUGCCAUAGACAAGAACAAGUGCACUCCUUUACACAUUGCAGCCAGGGAUGGUAAUGAGGAACUUGUUCAGAUCCUUCUGGAGCAUAGUGCUUAAGUAACUGAGUUAUCAAAGAAAGGAUUUACUCCUCUUCAUGAAGCUGCCAGAAAUGGUCAUGUUAGAAUUGUGGAAAUCCUGCUGAAAAACUAUGACAGCCCUGACCCAGAAGGAAAACAUGGACUCACACCUCUUCAUGUAGCAACUCACUAUAACCACGAUAAAGUUGCCACUUUCCUUUUGGAUAACAAUGCCAACCCUAAUUCUAUGGCUAAGAAUGGAUUUACUCCUCUGCAUAUUGGAGCCAAGAAAAAUAGAAUAGACAUCGUACUGAUACUGUUGAGGCGUGGAAUGGACCCUGAUGUCGUAACACAGACUGGCAUCAGUCCAUUGCAUUUAGCCGCCAAGGAAGGACAUGUGGAGCUUUGCGAACAUUUGGUGGAGAAUGGAGCGUCACCAGGCGUUACCACUAAUAAUGGACUCACCCCUCUGCACCUGACAGCAAGAGAAAAUAGGAUUGAUGUGGCAAAACUUCUCCUGAAGCACAAUGCUCCCAUAAACGCGCAGACUGUGAGUGGUUUCACGCCAUUGCAUAUUGCCUGUGUGUAUGGUAAUUUUGAACUGGCCAGGCUACUAAUUGAAGCGGGAGCAGAGAUUGAAAGUAAAACAAAGUAUGGUUACACAGCACUGCACCUUGCUGCACAGUAUGGCCAUAAGCUGAUUAUUGAGCUGCUUCUGGAGCGUGGAGCCAAUCCGAACGCACAGACUAAUGAGGGUUACACAGCACUUUACAUCUCCCAGAGGGUUCAUCUGAGCACCGAAAUCACGGAGAGACUGUCUCAAGUUACAGUAGUCACACAGACAAUUAGGUUAAAGCGAAAACAGGGACAAGACGGAGAAGAAGAAGAAGAAGAACCUGACAUCGUUUUCAGUGCAGAACCCGAAGAGCUGGAGGAAGAGGAAGUACUUGAUGCUCUGGAGGUUAUUGAAGAGGAUCCAACAAUUGCUGAAGAAUCAAUUGACCGCUUCAUGACAAUGGACGACAUGGUAGAUGAUGAUCACCGCUCGCCAGGACUGGUGCACAGGGACUCCGGAAUUUUCAGCUCGUCUCGUUAUUCUGGAGCCUUCUUGGAGGGAACUCCCACCGGCUCCCGAGCGUCGGACUUAGACCGCUCUCGAUUGUCCGACUUUAACGUAUCGGAGAGCAUAACGACUUCGGAAAUGAUCGUGACAGAGUCCGAGCUUCCGUCAAGUUUGGCGGACAUGGCCGAUGAUAAUGUACCGAAGUAUGAGCCACUAGUAACGGGUGAUUUCCUAGUGAGUUUCCUGGUUGACGCGAAAGGUGGUAAAAUGGAAAGCUCUCAAACAGGGCUCAAGAUCACGCUGCCGCCAAGAUCAUGCCAGAUGCCGACUAGAAUCACUUGCAAACAGCUACGACUGAACAAGCCAUCCCUGCUGCCCCCACUCAUGGAGGGUGAGGCAUUAGCCUGUCGGGUUCUGGAUGUGAAUCCAUCAGGUGUGAAGUUUCUUCAACCGAUUUAUUUGGAGCUUCCUCAUUUUUCUGCGCUCAGGAACGGAGAGAGAGAGCUAGUUGUACUGAGAACUCAAGACGGAGGGUGGAAUUGGGAUGAAGUGUGUGUUGAAGACAUGAAAGGUACUUGAAAAAUUUGGUUCCCUUUCCGUUUCCAUUUCUCGAUAUUUGCCGUUCUAAGAGUAAGUGAAAAACUUAGUGUGCUACCGUGACUUGUUUCAGCCAUGGAUGGUUACAGCUCAGACAUGAACAUUCAUCAAGGCUUCCUACCCAGUAAGAGGUAUGCACGCAUUGAGACCCACGACUUCCCGGAGAAGUUCUGCAUCAUGUCAAGACUGAAAAAAGAAAGCUUCGUCGUUGGUUCCCAAGGCGAGGUCCUUAAAUCUUCGACCCAUCCCCUAGUACAAGUUAAGGUCCCUGAAGGGGCUGUCUCAAAUGGUACCAAGAUAACCUUGCAGGUUCAGCCCGCUGAUGAAUCUUUUAAUGACUUCGAAGACUGGGUGGCUGUCAGCCCUGUGCUCACAAUAGAGCCACAAGAGCUUAAGUUCUCCAAACCCGUGACAGUUAUUAUCCCCACCCCACUUUACACCCCGGGUGGAGAUACUUUCGAUAUGCAGCCAUCUCUACGGCUACUCACGUGUGAGCCACGUGAUAACAGGAAGUCUAUGUCCCAUGCGCCCACUUACCAGUGGUAUGACAUCACUGAUAACACACCGCUGACCGUGGUGAAGGAGUAUGCAAGUUUCACGACAAGUCGCCCCGCAAGGUACUGGCUUGUGGAAACCCGUAACCCAGACAAUGUGACGUCGGAUGCGCGCCUGUUGUACCGCAAGUUAACCGCUGUCCCUUUCUUGGUCAAAAUUGUCGUAUUUGCCAAAGUAAACCCUGAGGGAACAGAAGCCCGUUUGAGAAUAUUCUGCAUCACGGAUGAUAACAUCGACAAAACACUUGAGCGACAGACUGGUUUCGUGGAGGUGGCGCGCAGUCGUGACGUGGAAGUGUGCGAAGGAAGACCAGUUCACGUUAGGUGUGUGGGAAAUUUGACUCCUGUUACCCGUGAGCCUCUUCAGGUGACGUUUUCUCCUUUUCGUGAGAACCGCCUUGCAGUGACUGUGCGUGUGACCGAUCCAUCCCAGCCCUUCACCUGUCGGCUGGCAUUCCUCAAAGAACCUCGCAAAGACCGCCAAGGAAACGUGCGCACGAUCUGUAAUUUGAGCAUCGACUUAUCUGAAGAGAACUUGAAGAAGGGCGAUACUGCGUGGCUUCCUGAUGAAUUGUUGGCAUUGAUCGGCAAAAAUGUUGGAACAGACUGGGUUGCGCUUGGACAGCAGUUGGGGUUGACAGAUUCAGAACUGCAAGAAAUUUCCGACAGAAAUUCUUCUUCACCUAUCGAGUGCGCCACUGAUGUCAUGAAGACUUGGCGAGAUAAGGAAGACUCCGAAGCUAGCAUGGCGUCCCUCGAGAAAGCUCUGCGAGAUAUGGGACGAAGUGACAUCGCAGAUAACUUCAAACAACUUGCUUACAGCAGCUACUCCAAAGACCCAGUCGUUAUCGUGGAAACGCGCCAUUUGUCCCCAGCCAAAGUGUACACACAAAGCUCCGCCCCAGAUAACCGCAGAAUUUCUGAGUUCCUGGACUCGGUGGGUGAAUCUGACGAUAUGUUUGGCGGUGACGAUUUUGGUUCGCCUCGUCUGCAGCGUGCAUCAGUCGAUGGGGAGGAGGUGUUCACAGAGAUCAGAACCACAAGAGUUGAAAGCUCGCCUGAGCCAAUCAUAGAGGAGUCUGUCAUUGUAGUCGAGAAACACAGAGUCGUGGACGAAGAUGGCAAUGUCAUCGAAGAAACGCAGAAAAUUAUUGAAGAUGGCAACGAAGUGACGGAAGACAGAGAGAAAUUGCUGCAGGAUUUCUUUGCAAACGACAAAGGUGUCUUGGACUUUCUCGCCAGCGACAAGGAUGGCACGGUUGAGAACGGAGCUGAAGAAACCGAAAUCUGAACAGACGAUUUAAUGUGUAAUAGAGCAAGACAUGUGAAGUGCAUUUACGUCAAACGCUAAGAGUUAAAGGAGAAUGGUUUGGUAAAGAAUUAAGAGUUGUGCACAGAUUCCAAAAAAAAUAUCCGCCUCUGGUGAUAAGAGUUCUCGCAGAUGAAAUAUUCAAGCGCCUUGUUGUAAAGUUUUGUGUAGGAAGAAGGAAUUGUUGAGAAUUCAAAAUCUCGUUAGAGGGAGAUUUUUACAUUACAGUCACAAGUAAGAUAUUCGAACUUGUGGUGAGCAGUUUUAAUUAUUUUCAUUCAUCAUGAAGUAUGUCUUAUCAUCAUUUGUCUACGCUAAUUCUUACCUUAGUCCUGAAUAUUUCAGCGUUUGCAAUUUUAAGUCGAUAAGACGUGGCGAAGUUUAAAAUAUUUUUAAGUGUUGAGACGUCGUAGUCUUCAGGUAUUGAGGCAUCACGCAACGAGGUGUUGUGUGACUCGUGACAACUGGAAAGAGGCAUUCUUGCCGCGCGGGGAAGAUAAUUUGAAUUAUUGGUUGUUUUUUUUUUUUUUUUUUACAUUUUAAUGUAGCUUUGGUUUGUUUCCUUUGUUCUCACAGAAUAUCAUGUUAGUGUAAAUUAGCAAGUGUAAUUUCUGAGAAGUGUGUUCGCUGGCUAAGUGUUUGCUGAAUUUUUACUUGCUGUUAUCGCAAACUGUUUCCAAAGAAAUCACUUGAAUCUAGAAAGGGCUAUCUCAACUCAGAGAACAUAUUAUGUAUCGCUAGACACUCGGUAAGUGUCCGGAAAACUUCCAGCUAUCGCCAUUAUCCAAUCAGAAACGUCCUAAAAAACUCUCUGGCAGACCUCGUGGCCUUAUGGCCUAGAAAAAGCAAAUCUUUAAUCAAAAUUGUGACUGGUUGUCGCCUAGCAAAUUUAAGGAUAUUCGAGGUUUAUCACUUCUCAAACUGUAAGCUUCUGGUUUCUCUUAGAACAUAGCGCUGUUUAGUGGAGAAUCUGGUCAAUGAAAAUGACGGAUUUUUUUAAUGACUUUUUUUUCCAGAUUGAACUAAUAGCCGGAUAUGGUUCUUAGCUAAGGUAGCCUACAUUACUUGGUCGAAAUUUAGAAUAGGAAAAUAAACUGUCUGUACUUCA